CCGGUGAGGGGGCAAUACAAGUGACAACGCAACUCAGUCCUCCCAUUGUGAUCUAAUUACUGUGCUCCUCGUCACUUGCUUAUUGGUUAUUUAUCAAGAAUAAAAAUAUGGCAUCAACAAUAAUAAAACUCCGUAGUGUUUACCUUCGAUUAGGAAAUACUAGGCAACAAAUCCAUCCAGCAAUAAAUAAGAUCUGGUCGGUGAAUUUCUCGGCGAAAUCAGACACUGCUGAUCCCGAAACCGAAGUUGAGAGGAUAAAACCACCAGUGGGUGAUGGGAAAUACUUCAAAUCAAUGGAGCAAGUGAUAUCCGACAUUCCUGACGGAGCAAAGCUGUUGGUUGGUGGCUUUGGACUGUGUGGAAUACCUGAGAACUUGAUCAGUGCGUUGUUGAAGAAGGGGAGCAAAGACCUGACUGUUGUGUCUAAUAAUGCUGGGGUUGAUGACUGGGGACUCGGUUUGUUGCUCAAUGAGAAGAGGAUAAAGCGGAUGAUUGCCUCGUAUGUGGGGGAGAAUGCCGAGUUUGAGAAGCAGUAUCUCAAUGGAGAGUUGGAAGUCGAGCUGACUCCUCAGGGCACAUUAGCUGAGAGAAUUCGCGCAGGAGGUGCCGGAAUCCCAGCCUUCUUCACCCCCACAGGCUACGGGACAAUAAUCCAGGAGGGUAACGUGGUGGUAAAAUACGACAGCCAGAAAAACCCAGAGAUCUCAGGAGAACCUCGAGACGUGCAGCAAUUCGACGGUCGUGAGUACAUGAUGGAAAAGGCGAUAACCGGAGACUUCGCGUUGAUAAAAGCCUGGAAGGCAGACAAGGCUGGCAACCUCAUCGUCAGAAAGUCCGCCAGGAACUUCAACCCAGUGAUGUGCAAAGCAGCGAAAAUAACAAUUGUCGAGGCAGAGGAGAUCCUGGAGAUCGGGCAAUUGGACCCAGAUCACGUCCACGUCCCAGGGAUUUACGUCAAUAGAAUAGUCAAAGGCAGAACUUACGAGAAACGAAUUGAAAAAGUCAAGACGAAUGUUGCUGUGAAAUCGAAAAAAUCAACCCCAGCUAGUAAAGCGAGAGAUCGAAUUAUUCGUCGAGCUGCACUCGAGUUCAAGGACGGAAUGUACGCUAAUUUGGGUAUUGGAAUGCCCAUGUUGGCCAGUAACUUCAUUCCGAGUAAUAUUAAAGUCACGUUACAGUCGGAAAACGGUAUUUUGGGACUGGGCCCCUUCCCGGCGGAGAACGAGGUGGAUGCUGAUUUAAUUAAUGCUGGCAAGGAAUCGGUUACGGUUCUGCCGGGGGCGUCGUUCUUUGGAAGUGACGAGAGCUUCGCCAUGAUUCGGGGAGGACACAUUGACCUGACGAUAUUGGGGGGCAUGCAAGUGUCUCAAACUGGUGAUCUUGCCAACUGGAUGAUUCCUGGAACGAUGGUCAAGGGAAUGGGAGGCGCCAUGGAUCUUGUUUCAGCUGCUGGGACUAAAGUAGUUGUGACAAUGGAACACAAAGCGAGAGAUGGAAGUCCAAAAAUAGUUGAGAAAUGUAAUCUGCCGGUCACAGGUCAACAAUGUGUCGACCUGAUCAUCACCGAUUUAGCGGUGUUCGAAGUAAUUAAAGGAGAAGGCCUCAAACUGAUAGAAUUGGCUCCGAACGUAGAUAUCAGUGAAGUCGUCAGCUCAACCGGCUGUGAAUUUGCUGUAGCUGAAGACCUUAAAGUUAUGGGACAAGUGAAUCUCGAAGAGGAGAGUUAAGAUUUUCUCCCAUCAAGUGAUCACUUCUGUUUUAUUUAAUUUAUUUUCUACAGAGAUAUUUUGUAUAAAAACAACACUACAACUUAUAUACAUGUUAUUGAUUAAAUAUUCUGCAAAUGUACCGUGUAAUAAAAGUAUUAUUUUAUACGCCUUUUGACAUUCUAAGA